AUGCCAAUUAACGUACCUGGACUCGACGCUGCGGACCUUCGCCGUUAUAUCAACCUCGAUCUACAUGUCGGGAACUUUGCCCCCGCUGUCCCUGCUGUCCCUGCCCCUGCCGCUGCCCCCGCCUUACCCGCUGUCCCUGCUCUCCCUCUCCCGGCUGUCCCUGCUCCUGCCGCUGCCUUCCCUCUCCCGGCUGCCCCUGUUCGCCCUCUCCCAGCUGGUAGUAAUGCUCCGGCUGUAGUUGCUGCUCCUGUCGUAGAGCAACCAGUCCCUUCGUGGCCACAUAACCCCAAGCGCAUAACUAAUAGUCACCAAGCCCUGACUAUCUGGCCAAGUACCAGCAACAAAAGUAAAACCCUGAACUACGUGCAGGGCAAAUAUGAGCUUGUUCGUGGAGGAGGCAAUGUUGUGGGUUCCCGGGAUUGGCUGCGCGAGAGACAACCAGGAGCCCGUCAGCAUGGCGCUGCCUGGUUUUUGGUUAGCUUGUUGGGGCGGAACGGCUGGACCAACAACAGAGUCAUUGUUGACGCAUACACGAGAAUGUUUGAAUCAUGCGUCGACAGGUUUGCCGAAGUUGUUGGGGACCCCGAAAAGUGCAUCGACCAGUGGAGGAAGGCGGAGGCUCUUGUCCGCCAGACUUUGUCCAAGAGUCAAUACAAUAACUUGUUCAUCAAUAAGAAUGAUGCAAGCAUUGUUGGGGAUGAGGCAGCGGGGGGUGAGUGUCUUUGGCGUCUUAGACAGCCUGGGGACCCCGAUAAGCCAGUACCGACGAAGGGCAGGAGAGGCUCUAGAUCGCGUGGAGAUCGCGACGGGGACGGUCCCGCUGGUGACCCAAAUUCCGCUUACAAAAAGCGCGAUGGUGGCCCAGAAGACCAACCCGCCGCCAAGAAGCGCAAGGGCCUCUUGACUGGCGGAUAA